AUGGACAGCUCAGUUGCUUCUGAGUUGAAGAAGUUGAAAGAGGAUGAAAAGCUAGAAUUGAAUGUCAAAGUGUCAAAGAUCAUGCAUAGCCUCAUGCAGCAGAUGCACCUGCACUGUGACCAGGUGCUGGGCAACAUGAUGCUCAAGGCCGGCGUAGAUCUAUCAAAGCUGGACAGCUGCAUCUGCUUUGAGACAGCUGCAGACGCCGGCCAGCGAAGCCAGCAACUGCAAGCCAACAUGGAUUUGGUUGCUCAGAGCCAGGGCAAGUUGGCCCCUGUGACAGGCGCAGAAAGAUACUUGUCUGUGUGUCAGCUUUUGCAAGUCGGUUUUGCAUUGCUGCGGCACAGAAGACCCAGACCUGUUGAAGUCUUGCCCCAACGGGCAUUUGAGCUUGGAUGCCUUGCUGUCCAACAGCUCCUUGGCUGUGGAAAGCCACCCUUUCACACAGAUGGUCAAGCGUGGCUGGGCUUGGAAGGUCAUCAAGCAAGAGGUUGA